CAUUCCGAGCAACUUGCAACUUUGGCGCAUCCCUAAGAACUGCAUUUAAGGAAAUCAACAAUCGCCAGCUUGGCUUUCGCAAUAAGCUGCCAGUAUUGAAUCAUUAUUCAGCUGACUUGACCUGCCGACACCCAAACGGAUACGGAUUCAGGAUGAUCACGAGAUGGUACCGAUCUCUGCCCAGAUUAACCAGAUACUGGUUCACCACCACAGUGGUGGUCAGCUGCCUUGUCGGCCCACUUGAGAUGCUGCCCGUCGAAUGGAUGAAGCUGGACUGGAACUUGGUCUACUACCAUUGGGAGUGGUGGCGAUGCCUCACCUCAAUUGUGGCCUACCCCAUCAAUUCAGGCAUGGUCUUUCGAUUCGUCCUCCAUUGCCACUAUCUGUUGAAAUACAGUGCAAUGCUGGAGAAUCAGUUUGAAAGGAGUCCAGCGGCAUAUCUGUAUCUCCUAAUCAUUGUGGCUGUGCUAGCGAAUGUCGCAGGAUUCCUAUUCAAAACCGACAACGUGAUGAAAAUUGCAGUGAUGUCCGUGCUGUAUAUCGGCUGUCGGCUGCAACCAGACGUAACUGAGAGCUUGUUCGGAACGCGGUUUAAGGCUUUGCAUCUGCCAUUGGUGCUGGUCGUUCUUGAUUACUUCAUUUUUUUUUCCUUGCAAUCCUUUUAUGGUAUUUGUAUUGGCGACAUCUACCAUAGUCUCAAGUUCCAUUAUCCCAAUCUGUUGGACACACCUCGUAUACUUAAAAAUAUCCUGCCUGAUGUCCAUGGUGACUUUAGUGGUGCUGGUGAACCAUCAGGGAGCAGUGCAGCUGCCGAAUCGGAUCCUGAAACCUUCUCUAAUUCUGAAACAUUUUCAGAAGAUUUUCCAUCCAAUACACAUAACCUGCCUGAUGCCCACGAUGACUUUAGUGGUGUUGAUGAACCCUCAUCAGAGAGCGGGGCAGCUGCCGAAUCGAAUCCUGAUCAGGGGAAUAACCCUGUGAAGCAACCAAGGCUAACAUCAAGGAAUCUCCAUUAAACCAACGAUCAAAAAUCAUAAUAAUUUGACUAAA